AUUAAAACAAAUGGAAAGAGUAUCAGUGGUAGAGUAUACAAGUGGAAUAGUCCCAGGCACUGACAUGCAGAAAGAAUAUCAAGCUAACAAGACUAAGGUUUACUCAUACAUCAGUGGAAGAGAUGACCGAAGUGAGAGCUCCUUUAGCGGUAUAAGUAAUUCAGGAAUCAUGAAUAUCAAGGAAAUACAGCGAAAAUAGACUCACUAAGGGCAGAAUAAUAUCAGUUCUUAAUUUUAUAUCAUAUGUGAUAGAGGUUAUAUUUAUGGUAUUCUUGCUGCUUGACCAAUUCUUUGAGUCUGAUACACCUCUCUCUCUUGAGCCAAGGUACAUCCGAGUGAUCUGGAUUAUUAUCCUGUGUCUCCAAGGUGCCUUCACACUAUCUCCUUUGAUUUUCAAUGCUGGAGAUUUCUAUGAAAUACUCACCGAUAAGAUUUGGAUUAACUUUGCUCUUGUCUGAAUAUCGAUCACACUUUCGUCUGUGAUCCCCACUGUGGACACCCACAUUGGAAUCACAAUUAUGAGUCCGGUGUUGUUCGUCCUGAUGAAGAUCUACUCUCACUACUUCAUUUACCAUCAGAUCAAGUACCAUGAUGAAGGGAACGCAUUUGUGAGCAGGCUGGAGUUCUUCACUCUUCAUGUGACUUUCUCGAUGAUCGAAGCUUGGAUCACAUACCUAAUGCUGUUCUCGGCAUUUCAGGUUCUGGUGCAGUACCUUAACUCCAGGGGCGAAAUCGAAGAAGCAGAAAAGAACGAGUACAUCCAGUCGCUUGGAGUGCUCGCCAUGGUCGUCAUUCUGUGAGAAAUGGCCUACAACCUGGCUUACUACAAAGAUGUCAUAUUCUCGAUAUUCUGUUUCGGGAUUUUUGUGGGUAUCUGGUUUAGAAACAGGUUUGGACGGGCUGGAGACAGAACAGCAAUGGCUCAGAAGAGCAGUCUGGGCUGAGCUAUCAUUUCUCUGAUAUUCACAAUCAUCACGACCAUUCACAGUUCGAAGAGUGCAUUCUACCUCAAGUAUUUUGCCAUCAACAGGAAACUCAAGAACAUCGAAGAUGCGAUGAUCCAGAAUGACCAAGAGAUCGAGCAUCGGAACCAGUACUAACUGGGCGGCUG